ACUACUCAAAAACUCCCCCAUAUGACACAAGACACAGAGUGCAAUAGAAAGAAGAAACAGAUCUCAAACACUUUAUAGAUGCAGCUAUCUUUUUGUGUCUAAUAGCAGCAAAAAAUUAAAUUCAGAGAAAAAAAAGGCACUGACUAUAAGUCUGAGCUGAGAUUUCUAUAUCUUUACUUUCUUUGUUUCUAUCCUUUUCUUCUUCUUCUUCUUCUUCUUCUUCUUCAUAAUCUUAACUUUUUUGUCAACUUCUUUAGAUCCAUCAAAUUUUCUUGAAUCUUGAAUUUUUGAGAAAUGGGGACAGGAUGGAGGAGAGCUUUUUGCACAACAAUCCCAAGAGAUAGAGAACCUCAUUUUGUGGAUAAACAUGCACAAGAUUCACAACAAGUUAACAACAAUGGUGGACAACAAAUCCCAACUCCAAAAAGCUGUGCAAAGCUUGGUUUUUUAUCUAGUAGUAAUCCUUCUACUCCUCGUUUGCGUUGCAAAACUAAUAAUACAGCUUCUUCCAAUGACAUUAGCAGUCUUAUUAGUCCAAAACUCCAUUGCAGAACUACUCCAAAAUCCAACACUAAAAGCCCAAAAACUUUUCUUGGUCCCAAUCCAUCUUCUCCAAGAUCCCCUUUUUCCAUCCUCAAGAACACCCUCCGUCUCUCCAAACAUAACUGUGGAGUUUGUACACAGAGUGUGAAAUCAGGGCAAGGAAUGGCAAUAUACAAAGCAGAAUGUUCACAUACUUUCCAUUUUCCUUGCAUUGCAUCUCAUGUUAAAAAACAGAGCAAUUUGGUUUGCCCUGUUUGUAAUUCCACAUGGAAAGAUGUACCCCUUUUAGCCAUUCACAGACUUCAACAACAAGAAGAUCAAAAAACCCCAAAACCAGAAGAAGUAGAAUCAUAUCCCAAUACCCCAAUCAAAAAACAAGAAAAGUCAUUACCAAAUGUGAAAACUUAUUACAAACCAGAACAGUGUGAUUACAAAGGUUAUAAUGAUGAUGAGUCCCUUUUUACUCCUACUGCUGGAGCUAAAUUUGUUUCGAUACCGGAAGCAAAUGAGGACCAAGAAGACAACGAAGAAGAAGUCGAAGAAUUCCAGGGGUUUUUCGUGAAUCCCAUUUCGAGUGAUGAAGCAUUUGCCAACCAGAGAGAUAACAGAAGUGUUGAAGUUAGCUUAAUGCCUGAAGCUGCCAUUGUUUCCGUUGGAAGAACUCAUGAGACAUAUGCUGUUGUUCUGAAAAUCAAAGCUCCACCACCUCCGCCGUCACCUCCAGCGGGGAAUUCGAAUUCCGGGUCGGGUCAUUUUCUUGACCCGGCACGGCGUGCUCCGAUUGAUUUGGUUACUGUAUUGGAUGUAAGUGGCAGUAUGAGUGGUGCAAAGAUUCAAAUGUUGAAACGAGCCAUGAGAUUGGUUAUUUCCUCUCUCGGCUCUGUUGAUCGGCUUUCAAUUGUGGCUUUCUCUGCUACACCAAAAAGAUUACUUCCUCUGAGAAGAAUGACUCCACAAGGCCAACGAUCGGCUCGGCGCAUUAUUGAUCGGCUUGUUUGUAGCCAAGGAACUUGUGUAGGUGAAGCUUUGAGGAAAGCCGGUAAGGUGCUUGAAGAUAGGCGUGAGAGAAAUCCAGUGGCUAGCAUUAUGCUUUUAUCCGACGGUCAGGAUGAGAAGAUCCAGGGAAGUAAUACACACAAUCGACGAUCAUCGGAAUCCACCCAUGUGUCCUCCACCCGGUUUGGUCAUAUAGAAAUUCCGGUUCAUUCCUCCGGGUUCGGGAAAAAAGGCGGCUUCAGCCAUGAACCGGCUGAGGAAGACGCAUUCUCGAAAUGCGUUGGCGGUUUAUUGAGUGUAGUGGUUCAAGAUCUGAAAAUCCAGCUGGAUUUCUCCUCCGGUUCAGACCCGGCUGAGGUUGCAGCUGUUUAUUCGUACAAUGGUCGGCCAGCUGUACUCGGCUCGACUUGUGUUCGGCUUGGCGAUCUAUACGCCGAGGAAGAAAGGGAGUUAUUAUUAGAAGUAAAAAUCCCAACAAUGACUAAUGGGUCACACCAUGUGUUAUCCGUUAGAUGUUGUUAUAAGGACCCCGCAACGCAAGAAGCAAUUUAUGGAAGGGAACAUUCUUUAUUGGUUCCGAGGCCUCAAGCCAUUCGAUCUUCCAUCCCGAAGAUCGAACGACUCAGGAACCUCUUUAUAACUACGAGGGCGAUUGCAGAGUCUAGGAGAUUAAUUGAGCAUAACGAGCUAUCUAGCGCGAUGCAUUUAUUGUCAUCGGCUCGAGCAUUGUUGAUACAAUCCGGGUCGGCUUUUGUGGACGAGUAUGUAAGAGGGUUAGAAGCCGAGCUCACGGAAGUGCAAUGGAGGAAACAAUAUCAACAGCAGAUAGAGCAACAAAAAAUGAUCCAACGGCAGAGAAUGAAUGAGAGGGAAAUGAAUUUGUUUUUAGAUGAAAAUGGUGAGCCGUUAACGCCUACAUCGGCUUGGAGAGCAGCUGAGAAGCUAGCUAAAGUGGCUAUGAUGAAGAAGUCGAUGAAUAGAGUGAGUGAUUUGCACGGCUUUGAAAAUGCUAGAUUUUAAAUAAAUUUUAAUUUUGUAAUAAAUAUGGUUAGGUUUUAAAGGAAGGCAAACAACUGGGGGAAGCGGCCCAAUGGGCCAUGCAUAUAACAGUGACUGUUGAUCCGGACGGUCCGGCCCUUUCUGCAGAGUGUGACUCUUUGGAGUAGAGGCCCACUUAGGAUUGAUUGAUUUACUGGGCCAUAGCUUUUGUCUAGUAUUCUAGUUUUUUUUUUUUUUUUUUUA